GUUUUGAAAAGGAUAGCCAUACAGUAGUUGCUUCGCAAGUUUUUGACAGUUAAACUAUAUGGGCUUGAGAUAAUAGUUGGUUGGAAUGGAUGUUCAAGGAACCUUACGAUCGUUUGGUGGUGAGUUUUCUUACCCCCAAUACAUAAGUUUUUGUUACAUCUAAGUUCUUUGCACACCCUCAGCCUCAAGUAAAUUAAUUAUUAACUCACAACUGUAACUGAAAUUUAAUCACAGGUACCGCAAGCUCACGAGUGAGAAUCAGUGAUUCAACGAUUCUCACUCGUGAGCUUGGGGUACCUGUGAUUUAAUUAGCGAAUCCAAGUGUGCCCAUCUCCCCAGGUAUAUUGUAUUUGUCGGGAGGUGAGGACAAAACAUGGACCCCCCAUUUUGGACUGGUCCAUGGAACACUUAUCUGGACCAGGUCCAUGGACCCCAUGUAGUGGACCGGGUCCAUGGACAAUUUUUUGUUUAAGAAGGAGUUUAAAGUAGAAAUGAUCGAUAAACAUUAUGGCUGGCUUCAAGCUACAAAAAUAGCACAAAAAUAAGGUUUGGAGGUGUUGAUAAUUGAUAUUUACACCUGCUUACGUGAUAUACAAAAAGCUGAAAAUGUAUGCUUGCAGCCUGGCUGUAUGACUCUAAUGGUAACUGUUUGCUCACCUUUGUGGAUAUAUUUUUCUUUUUGCCAUUGUCUUUUUUCCUUACACAGUCAAAUUGACUUUCGUUCUGGAUCAUUUUGUUACCUGAGAAAUAGCUUCUGCAGCAUGAAGAAAUUUCCCCAUGUGUGACAGUAGAUACACAAACACACUGUCAACAAAAUAAAUACAGCUGUAAUAAACCAGAUACAGGGCUCAAAAUAACUUUUUGACAGUGGCCGACCAACAAAUUUUUGCUCGGUCAUCUCUGGAUCGGCGAAAUCAAUAAUAAAAUUGUUUUACAGUAAUACCCAAUUAAGACAAAAAUAUUGUGUACAUAUUCAACCUAGGCUGAUCCCAGAUUUUAUCCACAAGAUAUACACCAUGUACAUUUGUUAUUCUAGUUAUUUAUUUGAAAGCUGUUCACUUAACUGGUCAAAAUGACUGGCCAACCUAGACCUUAUCGCGCAGUAUAAUUAUUGUCACUAAACCUAUAACAUUGUUGGACGCUGUUUACAUGUAUUUGCAUCGUGUUUAUUGUUCCUUUCUCCUUCUUUAAUUUUUUUUGAGGGUGACAUGGAUCCAGUCCAUUACAGGGGGACCAUGGGCCCAGUCUGGACAUUUAAGUGGUCCAUGGACCCACUCCAAAAUGGAGGAUCCAUGGACCCGGGGCCAUGUUUUGUCCUCACCCUUUGUCAGGCAUUGAAAAAGCUGCAAAUGCCCCACAGUGGGGCUUAAAUACAGUAGAACCCCCGUAACUGGCGAACUCUGAAGGGAAACGAUAAACAGUUUGAGUCAUUGAGGGUUCGAGUUAACAGGGUCAAUUGCAGAAUUCAAUUUGCCUUAUUAAAAAAUGUUAGUUACUGGUUUUUCAGCACUUCAGUGUACAGUGCAGUGCAAUUGUAACUUACUUCAUCAGGAACAGUAACAUGUAAAUGUAAAUGUAAAUGUAAUGUGUAAAUGUAAAUUUAUGUAAAUAUCAUAUUAUCCACUCCCCUUAGGGCUUUUCAGGGAUAAUUUACAACACUGGUUGGGGGACUUUGCCAGACUGCUUAAGGUGCAGUUCACAAGUAAUGAAGGAAUGAGUAAUGAUGCCCUCAUACAUGGGUGUGAAAGUGAGAUAGACCACUACACUGGGCACUACAUGCCCUACUCUUUAUGAAGAGUGUGUGGGUUCUUUAUUGUCCCACAGAUUUAUUACAUGUGCAAGGGCGUUGUGAGACGGGGCCUAUGGUUUAUCUACCUUAUCUGAGAAGACUAUAAAGUCAAACCAUUUGCAGAUGUUAUUACAAAGGCAGCACUUUCUCCUCAGUUAUUUAAAGACCCUGAGGGUUGGUCCGGCCGGGGUUUGAACCUACGGCCUCCCACUCAGUAGACCGGAGCUUAUCCCAUUGAGCUAACCAGGUAGCGGUUCUACGAUACAUGAAAGGGUUGUCUGAACCACUUCAUUGUUGCCUACAACAGCAUGGCAUACGAUCUGUUUUGCAUCAGUCAAUUCCAGCAGCGACCAGCCCCCUUCCUGGGCUGACCCCCCCAGCCCCUGGGCAUUAGCGUUUAUUUUUUGCCUUGGAUGGUAAAUUCCCGGGGGCAGUGACUCUUGAGCUGUCAAAUCCCCCGAGGAGGAGACGAAAGAAAGGGCAAAUGCCCCAUCCUCUAUCAACACUGCAACAGUUUUCCCUGAUCGCACAGUCGAGUAGUGCCAUUUUAAGCAUUUUAAUGGGCAAUUUUUUAUUCAAUUUAUGUCUCCCUUUACAGUAGCGCUAUUCUUAUUAGGACUUCACACUGCGAUGACAACAGUUUAUGGUUUUUGUAUCGUUAUAAAAUUGACUAUAAAAAUAAAAUUGUGUGCUGUAAUGCUAUCUGUACUGAAAAGUUUUAUAAAUAUGAGAGGAUGUUCUUCAAAUAAUUUCAACAGAAUUUGAUUCAGUAACCAUAAAAUGUAGAUUCACAUCGAAAGCUCCCAAUUUUGCUGUGUAAUUCUGGCUUGAUAAGCAGUGAAGAAAUGCAUGCAUAAAAUGAUCGAGACAAGAAGAUGCCCGAAGGCGUUCACAUGGGAUGUGUUGGUUUAGGAAAGAACUACUGGUAUGUUGAAUGGCAAUGGAAAGUUGAGUAGUGUAUCAACAACAAAUGUGUGCAGGAGAGACGGAGAUGUUCUGUUAAGUAAGGACUAAUACACAAAGGAAGAUGAGUUACACAAGGGUUCCUUUGCUAUGCAAAACAAAAGUUACAUCAAUAUUACCACCAUAUAUAUUAAGAGUAUUGGGUAGUUCACUUAAAUUUGCAUUCCCUUUACUUAUUUCCUCAAAAAAUGCACUUCCACAUUCAACAAUAGCAUGUGAUGUAUCAUACUUCCAAUAACUAAAGAGCUGCAAGGUUGCGCUCUAGGAAAAAUUUCAGGAAGCCCUUUGGGCUCCUAAGCAAUUUAACCUAAAAGAUAUAGAUGGGCGCCCAAAUAAAAUUUUCAGGGAGCCCUUUGGUCUCCCGAACAUUUUACCUGGGGUGCCAGGGCCUCCAAGUUGUUAGCCAAAAUUAAUAAAUCAGUGAGCUGUUAGUUAAUUAUUAAAAUAAAAAUAUUAAACAAAUUAUUUUCUGAACAGUCAAGCAGAAUUUUGUGAAUAUUUUUCUCAUGAAAAAUCACAUCCUUUGACCUCCUGAGCGUCCGAUAAAAAACCCGCAUGUUGUCAUAUGAAAGUAAGUUUUCAUGCCAUAAACAUGGGCAACGCCACCGAAUAUUUCAUGUUUUUAAAAUGGGAAAGUAAUGGUGUGUUCCUUUCGGUGAAUCCAAAAAUGGAAUUUAGAUCUAAGAACGGAUUUUGUGUUCCUUUCGGCAAAUCCAAAUCCGGAUUUUUGAUCUGGUGAAUCUUUUUUGAAAAAGGAUUCAUUGGAUUUGAAAUCCGAAGAAUCCAAAUCCAGAUUAAUGGAUUAGUGAUCUACGCUGUUCCAUUCACAGUGGAUCCGAAAUUAGUCAGAUGAUCCAGCAGUAUUUCCAGUUGAAGUAUUCCCAUAGAGGCCGUAGAGUUUUCUCGUUGCUGUCAUUUGCCGCAAAACAUCUGAAAACACUAGAAGAUUGUUCCUGGUACAUUAAAAUAUCCAUAUACUAACCAUUUGUCUCUAAAGAUUGCUUGAAAUCAGAAAUAAGUAAAAGUAACAAAUGGACUGCUAUCUAACUACAAACUCGCUUGUAGACGCGACAGGCACUCGAUCGUGUUACAUAAAAAAAUCCGAGCUAGGGAACUGGAUCAAACUGGCCGACAUUCUUUAGAUAAUUUUCAAUUUUACAGUCAAACCAGGUCAAGCGUUCCCGUCGCUAACAGACUAAUGAAUUCAUUAAUGGGAAAAUGAUUUCGUUUGUUGAUUCAAUAAUCCAUUCAUAAAAUGAAUAAUCCAACGGUCAAAUUGUACCUCGAUUCAAUAAUCAAAUGUUGAUUUGGUUUAUGAACAAAAUCUACCUGUUCUUUAUUCUUGUCUGUUGUGUUCAAUCGUAUUUGCUUCCCUUUUCCUGCCGUUUACGAUUGCGUUUUUCAUUGCCUUUAAUCAAAAUAACAGCUAGAAUAGACAGACCGCAAACGCAAAGAAACUGACAAAGGCCGAGGAUCGAAAUCCACCAAUCACCGCACAUACACUGACCUCAGUUUGACCGUCGUGUUUUCUAUUAAGAGGUCAGGCCUAGGUCUGUUGCACUGAUUAUUGGCAGCAAACUGGCGUACAUGUAACAGUUUGUUUGGGUUUGAACUUCAGAACUCGCCAGCACUCGACUCUCAGAAAAAAAGGCGGAAAAAACAAAUUCUGAGGUCAACUUGUGGAAAGUGGAAUUUUUCAAAAAACAGUAAUCGAAUCAACAUUCGAUUAUAGAAUCGAGGCUAAAUAUGACUAUUGGAUUGUUCAUUUUAUGAAUGGAUUAUUGAAUCAACAAACGAAAUCAUUUUUCCGUGAAUGAAUUCAUUAGUUCGUUAGCGACGGGAACGCUUGACCUGGUUUGACUGUAAUGCGCUUCUUUCUUUGUCUGUUUUAUAUGUUCCAUCGUCGCUAUUCGAACUCCCAACCACUAAAUUCUGCACGGUAUAAUCGCAUAAUUUGUCAAAGAGUAGAAAACACGUCAUUUUUUGAGAGGCUGUCAUGCAUAUUGCACGCGUUGGCGAAAGGUUACCAAGGUUACAAAUCCAAUUUCGGAUUUCACGUUCCUUUCGACCGCAAAAUCUGGCAAAUCUAGGAUCAAAAAUCCGUUUUUGGAUUCGCCGAGAGGAACACACCCUAAGACUCUGGUCUGUUUAUGUAUUUUUUACAAACGUUUUUGGCUCAAAAAUAAGAGCACUAUUCUUUUUACUAAUCAUUUUUAUUUAGGUUGAAAAGAAAAUUCGCUUGAGAUUGACUGAGAUCCCGUGGGCCGUGGAGCUUUCCGGGAAAACUGCUAUGAUUUCAACGAAACCGCGGCUGCCCCAAAACUAUUAUCUCUUUUAAAUAGAUCAUCAUCUUGUUGGAAUGUCAUCAUUUAAAUGCAGAACGGAAGUAUUUUCUUUCUAUAUUAUCGGUGAAUUGUUCAGGACAAAUAAGCUUUUUGUGGAUUUGGUAGCCAACUAGCCCUACUUUGACGGCUAAAUUUAACUUCUGCGUAUUUAGUUUUAGUACGUGAUACGUAUAUUAAUACGUAUCAUUUAAAAAUGACUUGUCACAACACGAAAGACAAUGCGGGACUUUAUAGAUUUAUACCCGAUUCUAAAACAAUCACAAUAAUAGUCGUCUCUUUUCUUUUUUAUACAUCAUAUUUUACUGGAAUAACAAUCUUAAGUUAUGUUUUAGCCUCACAGACACAGCGGUAAAAAACAGGUAAAAAUAUUUAAUUAACAUAAAAGAAUGACUCCCGCGUUUAUUCAGCGAUUUUUUAAAAUACAAAACUAUUGUUUUGCAUCGCCGACCGUACUUACGCCUGUCAGAGCAAAAGUAACAAUCUCCUUUGAAAAACUAACUAAUGAACCAUUCUAAUUUGAAGAAAAAAUUUCAAUGUUAUUUUGAAAAGCUGUUAAAAUCGAAAGCUGUGCAGCUUGUCAUGUUAAUAGUCAAAGAUUAUGUUACAUGUGAAUUCACGUGAAACGACCAUUGAGCAUCAAUGCGUACCUGCUACCCAUCUUGAAGUUUUUUGAUAGACAUGCUACAUAUUGCUACACUGAUACAAGUCUACCUCAGAGUUUCUUAGCCAGCGGAGCAUUCUUUUUUGGCUGCGAAGCAACCAAGCGAGCUACGACUUCGUAAGUAAUAAAUUCUAGACAUUCUAGCUUUUUGACUGUAAAUCAAGAAACCAGUAAGCUCACUUUUCCCUUCUUUGCUGACGCAGUAUCUUUGAUUCCGCUUGUGCAAUCCAACCUGACUUCCACGUGAUUCAAAGUUGCAGCCAAUAAAAAUCACAAUUUUUUCAUGACGGGCUUGGCAUAUGGGAAAGUUAAAAAAACAAGGCAAUUUGACUCCCAAGAAUACGAAAGGAAUGCGCUGCCGAAUUUUAAGACGCAGGCUGACUACGUCAUCCCGCGUAAAAAUGCCAUUACAACCCUUAACAAUUUUUUCCUGUCCUUGACAGAUGGGCCAAUUUGCUUGUUUUUCCAGUAAAGUCCUCUGUGUAGUUAUAUUUCGAUAGGAAACCAUGUGUGUGUCAAAAGCUUGGGGGUGGCCCGGGGUUGGCAAAUGCCUGAUCCUCUGGCAGUGCAAAAUUUGCUACCCCACUCCCUGACUGACAAGGCAGGCAAAUGGGGAGCUGGGCACAGCUGCAAUUGACUGAUGCAUUAUAUAUUAAGCAUGAGAUGCGUUCUUUCAUCACCAGAUGAAACAAUGAGAAGAGAGUUGAAAAUACGUUGCGCAGCAGGGUAUUUUUGACGAACUUCAAGGUGUUUCAUCUGGUGAUGAAACACUGUGUCAAAUGCUUGAUAUUACUUCUCAAACAAAUGAUUUUAGAAGGAGAAAUUAAGGAUGCAAAAAUGAGCAUUUUUUCAUCUGAUUUCUAAACACUCACUAAACAUUAAUUUGAAUUGUAUUUUCUUUAUGAAUUAUUAAUGAGUUUGAGAAGUCCAAUACAACACUGAGAUCACACUUAGUGCAACCUAAUGAUGCUAUUAAUCCACAAAAACAAGAAGGAGUAGUGUUUAAGAUUCCUUGUGAAUGUGGCAAAGUAUACAUUGGCGAAAUGGGAAGGUGCAUGUAUGAACAAAUUAAGGAGCAGUAUAGGGAUAUAUGGCUUUUACAAACUAAACUUCAGCCAUUUCUGAACACGCCAAAAAGUCUGGGCAUUAUCUGCUCUGGGACAAGGUUAAGUUUAUAAUUUUGACUGAGAACCUCACUGGUACUCUCAGAGUUAAAGAGAGUAUUUACAUAAGACUUCACCCUAACAACAUCAACAGGAACGUGGAGUUGAGAUUCUCGAGGUGUGGAUACCUACAAUCAGACAACAUGGCAACCAAUCACUACCACAAUGGGCUACUGAGGGAACCGUUUCCUCCUCUAAUAAUUCCAACAAUGCUUUGGAUCGAAACCCACCAACCAUGAGCAGGGUUCGUGAUACACCAAUCACUAACAUCCACGGUGGUACAAAUACAGUGAUUCAGGACCUUCCCAAGUGUAUAAGAAUUGUGCAAUGUUUGUCAAGGAUUAACUUUCAAUGGUUUCUCUGUACUGUCAUAAAGUUCCAUCUUGUUAAGGAAGCUGUGCUGUACUUUUGUGCAAAUGUUUCGGUCUAAUCUACAGUUUAUUGUGAGCUAAAUGUAUUGAUUUAUCUUUAUUAAUCGACUACAGUACCUAUUUCAAGGACAUGAUCCAAUACUACUAUUGUCAAUUCAGUCCGGUGUCCACUCAAGGUUAUUAACAAUAGAAAUUAGCCAAAUAUACAAUUUAUAAAUUUUUAGUGUCUGCAUCUGUUUAAUAGAGGUGUCCACUAAAUAGGGGUUUGUUAUAAAAGGAAAUAUAAGAGGUUAAUUUCGGGACCCGGCUUAGUGUCCACUUAAUAGAGGGUGUCCACUUAAUUGGGGAUCUGCUAAAUAGAGGUUUCACUGUAGUUCUACUAGGUAAAUCAAAACUCACCAACUGUGAGCGAGGUUUGUGAUACACCAAUCACUAACAACCACGGUGGUACAAAUAGUUCUACUUAGUAAAUCAACACAAUCACCUGAUGAAGACCUGUAGUGCGCAGUCAAAAUGUUGCGAUCAAUACUUAUGUAACAAUUGUGAUCUACAAGCGAAACCCUUUAUACACAUUAUCCACGAUGAACAAUAUCUUUCAUGACUACAGUAACGUGAUUAGGUAUUUUUAUGAUAAAAUGUGAUGAUCUGGUCAUUCCAGAAAAAAAAAAUCCACCCCUCUCCCCCAGUAAUGUAUGAUUUCCAAGCUUAAAGACCCCCCCCCCACCCAUCCACGUUUCCAUUGUAGAAGAAUUCUUUUAGGCACUUAGAAGUCUCAAUUUUCCCUGAAUUCUGUGUUUGUUGUGAAAGUUAAGAUUACAUUUUCACAUCUUCUUAAACAGGCUUACACUUUUGGCAAAUAAGCUCACAUUCGAGUGAACUUCUCCCUUUUUUUCUAGACCAGGCAAAAUAUACAGCAAUAUAUACUACAAUAAAGCUCAAAACUAACUUUGUACUUGAAUAAGAGGUUCUCUUCUUUGUCCAUAAAAAACCGCCGAACAAUCCCAAACAACCAUGCUUACUUGUAAGGCAUGUUAAGGGGUAAACCGCCCAGAAAAAACAUUGACCUUUAAAAAAUGUUUAAUUCAAGGUAAACAUCAUUGUUUGCUUUACUUGAACUAAAUGUGAUAUCUUCAAGUUAUCGCACGUCCCCUCUACAAAAGUAAUGAAGGCGAUCCUAUGGAUGGAAACUUAAAAUAAAUGUGGUAAGAGGUCUGUAAUUUGAAAGAAUAAUAAAAUUUGAAAAUGCAAAGCAACAAUUGUUGAAAACGGAUUGAUUGAAGCGAUUGAAACAUCGAUGAAAUCAAAAGUAACUUCUCGAGGUUGUAUUUUUAGGUUUAGAGCCCCCCUCCCAUCUGGAUUUUCAGAGCCGUUAACCCCCCUCCCCACUUCCAUGAGAUUUUCCAGCUGCCUUUCAUUGUGGGGGUGUGAAUUUUUUCUAGAACAACCCAUAUAUUGCACCAAUUAAAAUAAAAUUGAUGUAUUGUUGACCAGUGUUAGUUUUAGGGUUUUUAUCAAUAUACAGAUAGAAGAGCUAAUGGGAUGGCAUUAUUUUGAGUGGAGUUACAAGAACAAGAAUUUGAGUUAUCGGGGUAAAUUUCAGUGAAUUUGUGAUCAAGGGAAAUGAAAUUUAGUUUGAGUUAGUUGGGAAUUUGAGUUAUCCAAGUUCAAGUUAACCGAGUAGAAAUGACUGAAAAGUGGGGUGAAAUCCAAGGGAAAUUGGACUCAGUUCGAGUUAGCAGGGAGUUUGUGUUAUCCGAGUUAUCAGGGUUCUACUGUAGUGUGCAAAUGCCCCACCCCAGGACAACAACAAAAUUGCAUUUUCCAGUAAAAUACCAAUUUUUAUCAAUUGACUACUUCAAGACCUUAUGGUUAGAAUUUGUGCUGCAUCUUUAUCAGUGGCAGCGUUUUUUAAAUUUGGAUGCCAUUGAUUAUGUCGGCAAAGCAAUUUUGUAAUUUUAUUGUAAAAUUGUAAAAUGACAAUGAAAUUUUACAUCCAAAAUAUUAAGGUGGCUCCGUAAUUAAUACAAGAGCAUUUAACUGUGACAAAUUUUCCGUCAUAACUUUUUGGUUUUUAACGCGAUGGCUGCGAAACUUGGCAAAGAAUAACAGAUAUCAUUCGGCAAUAACAUAAAGUAUUCCGAUUUCACUGAUGGUAAAUAUUUCUUGAGAAAUUAGUGAUUAAAAGGACCCUACUGUUCAAAGAAAAUCGCGUCUAGUAAAAAAUUUUGCUGAUAUUUUUUACUGAAAUUUCUGGUAUCGGCUUUAAUUGAUAUAAUAAAUAUGCCAGAGGAAUUUCAGAAAAAUCGUUGGAGCAGAAGUCCGUAACUAAAAGUCGCUCAAAAUUCAGCUGUGAAAUUGUUUUGGAAUUUCACAGCUGAAUUUUGACCGACUUUUAGUUACGGACUUCUGCUCCAACGAUUUUUCUGAAAUUCCUCUGGCAUAUUUAUUAUAUCAAUUAAAGCCGAAUGAUAUCUGUUGUUAAUUGCAAAGUUUCGCAGCCAUCGCGUUAAAAUCGAAAAAGUUAUGACGGAAAAUUUGUCACAGCUAAAUGCUCUUGUGUUAAUCACGGAGCCACCUUAAAAUGAUUUAUUUAUGACCUGGAACAUGUACUAAUAUUUUUUUUUCCUGUAUAUUAGAAAUGUGGUAUCAGAUUUUUCUUUGGUGUUUAGCGACGUCAGUAUUCAUCCACUGUAUUUCAGCAAGUGUUGCUUUUCUUGCAUUACGGAAGCAUUCUCGUGGAGUGUUCUUGCCUUUGCUAGUAAUCUUCAUUGGUUUUCUCUAUCCUGUGACUGGAGGUGUCAUCACCAGUGAGUAACUGUAUUUUAAGUAAAUCUCAAGUUAAGGCCAAUAUAGAAGGACUUGGAACUCAAAAAUAACAACAACAACUACAACAAGUUUAUUUCAAAUUAAAUAUAGCUUACAAAGCUUUUGCCCGCAAUUAGCAAAGGCUAUUCGAGGCAGGUACAAGAGAAAAAAGAAAAUUGUAUAAAUAUAUAUAUAUGUUAAACGAACAAUCCUAGAAGCAAUCUAGUUUGUCGUGUGGUUUAUAGCCAGAGUGAGACAGGAAGGGAGACUGUACUUUAUACGGAAGUACACCCUGUUACGCUUUUGAGAAUUGCCCUGUAAUAUCAGAAACUCUAAUAUAGUCAUCCUCUUUUUCCAGUAUUUCAAAGAGUUUUCUCUUUAGUUCACUUUUGAAUUGAAUUUUUUAAGUGUUUUAAUAAAAAGUGGGAUACUGUUCCAAAUUAAAGCAACAGAAAUAGAGAAGGCUCGCUUCAUAUUUUCAGUUCUAACUUGUUCAACAUAGCAAUUUUCAUUAGUAACAGAUCUAGUACGGUAACUGUGGACAGAAGACAGUUUUGUGAACAUAUUCUUAAUGUUAUCAGGAGCGAGAUUAUUAUGGACAUCGUACAUUAAAAGGCUCAUUUGCUCAAAUAGCAAGAACGAUAUCGGCAACUGUUUUGUUUCUAAAAACAAUGGAACUGCAUGAGUUCUUGGUUCAGCGAAGAACAGUAGCCUAAGGGCUCUCUUCUGGAGAACCAGUAGUUUAUGAAGAUGCAUUUCAGCAGCAUGACCCCACGCACACAGAUACCAUAACUGAUAUAAGGCAAAAUUAAAGAGCGGUAUACAGUGAGAAGUACAUGACGGGGAACAAAAUGUCUGAGCUUGGCGAUAAUUCCGAUUGUUUUACUGACUUUUUGACAAACGUAAUCUAUAUGAAAUUUCCAUGAAAGGUUCGAAUCAAUGAGUAUACCAAGAUAUCUAAUUAUAUAAUUUUUCAUUUCUAACGGUUGACUGGUAUUUGAAUUAUUAUUAACUAUUUUGAUAUUAGGAUGAAAAGGAAUAGUCUUUUAGCGUGGACGAAAGAUGAUAUACCGGUAGUUAGUUUUUUUGAUAUUCAAGGUUAAUUUAUUGACAUCUAGCCACGAGAAUACUUUGAAAAGUUCUUCGUUAAUCUCAGUUUCAAGUUUUUUAAGAUCUCUGUUUGCAUAAGUUAAACUAGUAUCAUCGGCGAACAAGUAAAAUUGAAGCUUAUUUGAGGAUUUAUAUAGAUCAUUUUACUCCACAAAGGGUUCAACGAGAAUCAGAAAUAUAACCAUUUACAGUCGUAUACUGUCUGAGACCAAUUAAGUACUACUUAAACCAAUCAUUCACCACCCCUCUGAAGCCAUAAUUUUUGAGUUUUGAGAAAAGAAUAUCAUAAUUAACCGUGUCAAAACCCUUUUUCAACUCAAUAAAUGAACAAAAAGUGAAUUGGCCUUUAUCAAAAUUAGAAAGAAUGUCAUUUAGGAUUUCUAGAGUUGCGUGCUGUGUACUGUGCCUACUGCGGAAUCCAUAUUGUGAUGAAUAUAAUAUAUUAUGUUUAUUAACAAACUUAAUAAGUCUUUUAUAAACCAGCUUUCAAAUAUUCUGUUAAAAAUUGAUAACAAAGAAAUUGGUCGAUAGUUUCCAGGCUUAGAUUCAUCUCCUGAUUUAAAAACUGGAACUACUUUGGCGGUUUUAAGUAUAGCUGGGAAAGAGCCUGAGGAUACUGAAACAUUAAAGAUUUGAGCUAAGGGCUGAGAGAUAAUAUGGCUGGACAAUUUCAAAAUACUGACUGGGCAUGAAUAGAGUCCAUAAGCUUUGUUAUUUGGCAGCACUUUGAUUUCAUCUUUGACUUCUGCAGGGACAAAAGGGUCAAAGUAGAAAGAACUUUGUAUUGGUGGAUCUAAAAAAGUACUAAAAUCAUGAUCUGGUGACGAGGAAGGGAUACAAGAAGCCAACUUAUGUCUAACAGUUGCAAAAAAUGUGUUAAGAGAACUACUUAUUUCCUUUGGGUUGUGUAUCGUUUCCGAAUUGGAGUUAACAAGGCGGUGUAUUGGCUUUUUAUCACUUUUUUGAAAUAAAAAUUUCAAGGCCUUGAAAGUCCUUGAAAAUUGCAGUCGGUGCUGGAAAGUCCUGGAAUUUCGGUGCUAACUUUAUCCAACCCAGAUUCUCAAGUACCUAAUAUGAAAGACCUUCAGGAUAAAAUUGCUCAUGUUGUGGUACAACUAAAAAAGACAAGAUCUCUUUUUUGCACUGAGUGGAGUCCUUGAAAAAUGCGAAAUGUGUCCUUGAAAGUCCUUGAAAAGUCCUUGAAGUUUUUGUUCAAAAAAGGGUACGAACUGUGUUGAGAUGAUAUCAUUUAUACCUCUCCACGUUUCUUUAGAGUUGUUAAUGUUUUCUUCAAAAUAACGUUCAUAAUAAUUUUUCUUGCUUUGACACGUUAGGCUAGUUAUUUUGUUUUGGUAUAAUUGAUAAUAUUCCCAAUCAGCAUUAAAAAAAGGUUAUUUUUUAUUCGUAUUGAAGUUCUAAUACCUUUGGUAAUCCAUGGUUUUGACAAUAUUUUUCCCCUGCGCUUGGAGAGAGUUUUCAUUGGGGCAUGCUUGUUUACCAAGCAGUUUAUUUUUUUGUAAAAAGUUGUGAACGACUGGUUUGUGUCAUUGUCAGAAGAAUUACUCCAUUCUAUUUCUUGCAGUUUAGAGAGAAACCUGUUAGCAUUGAAACUGGAGUAGUCACGGAUUUUUUUCCUUUGUUUCGAGUAGUUCAAUGGAUUAGGAUGACUUGCCACAAUACAGACCUGAGUGAAGUGGUCCGUGGUCUCAGUUACAAUGUUGCCACAUAUGAAGCUGUUUUCUAAAUUGUUUGAAAAGAUAUUAUCGAUUAACAUAGCCGAGUUUCCAUAAACUCUUGUGGGCUUAUCCACAGCUGGUAAUGGUGAAAAGCUUUGAGUUAAUUCUAGCAGUUCUUUAGAGUAAGAGUAAGAUAGAAAUUUUGUUAUGUUCAAUAAUUUGUUGAUGGCAGGCCUGCAAUCAACCACUUUUCAGCUGUAAAUGUAAAGCCUUGUGCUUGGACUUUCUCUUUGACAAAAAGCUCGUUAAUUUUCUCUAAAAUUUACCUGCUUAAUUUGGAGACCAGUUUAUACAGACAAUUAACACCUUUCUGUUUCCCAAGUCACAAACUCCCAUAUAUUGCCAACCCUGCCUUACGGACACUGGUUUUCUUAUCACAAUCAUGUGCUAGUUGUAGACAUUGUACCCUGUUCAAAUUAUUAGAGGUUUAUAUGCACGGGGCUUGUCAUUUAUUAACUGUGGGGGGGGGGGGAGCCAUCUUGCUGAGGGAUCAUUUUCAAAAUCUUGAUUGGUCUUGGGGGGUCAUUUUAAUAAAUUUCGUGAUAGUAGUUCAAAGUAGUAACAAGCGUGAAUUGAAAUUGAAUAUAACAGCCAUAAAAGUACCAAAACACUAAUCUUAUAGACCCGACUGUAGGUUAAGUUUGUCGUGAACUUCAGCACAAUUUGUAGGUAGAAUAUUCAUAGUUUCCACAGCAACCAGGUGGUCAUGGGGGGUCAUAUUUAAAACAGGAAGUAUAAGUUGGGGGAUCAGUUUGAAAAUCUACAUAACUUUCUCAAAAUGGCCGGUCCCCACUCACAGGUAAUAAACAAGCAGCCCCUGUGGUUAAAAAAGAGAGCAACAUGUUUGAUUUUGAUAAGCCUGUCUUUCUUCCUGUGUUUGACCUUAACGUGCUGUACCUCUUUAAUUGUAAAAUUUGUGCCUCCUGCUAGACAACUUUCGCUUCCUUGGUUUUUUGCUACAGUCGUUGUUUUUGAAAUGACAAGUAUGACUUCAGACAAAAAUUUCACAUCACGAAGUUCAGUUACCACUUUAUAACAGCCUUUUUGAAAUUGCAGAAUUCAGUCAGUACCAAUAUUUAUUUGACCUAGUAGCUGCAAUAUAGAGCAAAAAUGGUGUGAUUUAAAACAGAAUUACACGAUUUAGAACAUGAUGCGAGUUAGAACAGCUAUGAUUUAGAGCAAUAGUGUGAUUCAUGAAUAAAUCACACGGCUGAGAGCCAAUUAGAUUGCAGGGAUCACCAGUGAUUUAAAAAUGGGUAUAAUAACUAAGGAUACCUAAAUAAUAUGGACACCACGGCAAUGUCGCCUUGGUCUCCAUAUUAAUUCGGUUUCACUGUAGCACUAUAACUGCAUUUGCUGCAGGUCCCUGACAACUCAGUUCCUUCAUAGAGAUGUUACCAUUUACAUCAUUAUUUCUGAUAGAUUAUGCAGAUACCUGCAUGAUGAUGCAGCUGCCUGCAUCCAAUGAUAUAAUAAUAUUUAAGCAAUAGAAAACGUUUUCCGUGUUUGCAUGGCCUGAUAUAAACAUGAGAGGGGUUGGGAGAAUUCGAGACAGUUAUGCAAACCCGAGACGAAGUCGAGGGUUUUGCAUAACCGUCGAGAAUUCUCCCAACGCCUCGAGUGUUUAUAUCAGGCUAUGCAAACUCAGGAAAUAAGUUUUCUAUUGCUUUUAUAAAAUACACUUUCCGAGAAAAAACGCAAAACUCUUUGUAUGGCUAAGACUAAAAGAGAAAUUCUUACCAGUCGCAAAGUCUUGUCCACGAAGUCUUGCACGCGUAAUCAGUUCUUGUUUUGCAAAAAGAUGCUUUCCAAAAUACGGACUUUUCUCGCUUAAAAUGUCAGCUUAAGCGAAAAAAAAAUUCACACACCUUCUUUGUAACGAUUUUCCAAGUUUCAGCCGACGAAGGAAUGGGCAAAUAAAGUAAACUUGUCAAGUUUUGAACUCGGAAACAUUUUCAAAUUUCGUGCUUGCGUGAUUAACGCGCGAAAAGCAAAGCAUGUUGACGCCACAACCAUGUUUACAUACUCUCAUGCAAACACGCCUCUCGGCCAAUCAGAGCGCGCGUACUAUCUUAGUUAUUUUAUAAAUAGAUUUAGCCAGGGCUAAGAGCGAAGCUCUUGAUAAUAUUUAUAGUUUGUUCAAACAAAAUAUAAAAUAGUGUAAUGCUGAAGGUGAUGUUACACGAAACGAUUCGCCAUGAUGAUUUUUUGCGCAAUACAACAUUGCAAUGUUGGAACAAUGUUGCCACCAUUUGUAUCAGUGUCGCGAGAAUGUUGCAACUAAAGAUGAUGUUACACGGGACGAUUCGCAAUGAUGAUUUUUUGCGCAACACAGCGUCACAAUAUUGGAACAAUGUUGUGACCAUUCAAAACAAUGUUGCAACCCUGUGUUGCGCUAAAAAACUUCUCAUAUAACAUCACCUUAAAGUUGAUGUGACACGAGACGAUUCGCAACGACGAUUUUUAGCACAAUACAGCGUUGCAACAUUGUUUCGACAUUGUUUUGAAUGCUUGCAACAUUGUUAAUAAAAAAAAUAAUAACAAUAAAAUAUUUAUACUGCAACGCUGUGUUACGCUAAAAAUCAUAGUUGCGAAUCGUCCCAUUUAACAUCACCUUAAAAACUCCCAGAAACUUCCUAGUUACACGUUUUAUGGAGGAAAUGUCGUACGUGUUCUCAUUACCCUUUUUUUUCCACUGCCACUCACUUUCACUUUGGUGGCCGCUAGCUUUUCUUAUUUUCUCACCACUGCUACAAAAUUUUCAUGUCGUUCAUCUGCCAAAAAAUGUCUCCUUUGCUUAUUUCUCCCCCUCUAGCUCUCUGUAGCUCUUUUUCUCGUUAAGCUUCGCUGGCCUGUCACCUACUUUCUCUUUUUCUCUGCCUUUCUCUUUCUCUAUAUUCCAUAAAUGUGGACAUGACAAUUAAUCUAAGCUUAAUACUUUAGACAACACGGAUAUAGAAACAAUUUCCGCUUUCUGUUUUCGUCUUUAUUGACUCUUUAGCUGUCUCCGCUUUACAAGUGGCCAUACGAUUUCCCACCACCUCGAGUCGCAUUUGGGUUGCCAUACCUGUUGAUUGAGUUAUUUUACAUUUUAUGCCUGUGGUGCAGACAGACGACAGGCAGGUGGACGGGCGGACGGGUCACGUGAUUACCAAAAUUUCUUGGAUGGGUAGAUUACCACGUUUUCUUAGGUAUGGGGCUACGCUCUCCCGCCCUUCGCGUUCGCGUGGAGCUCUGCUAUUAUUCUUUCUCAAACAUACAUUUACUGGACCCACUUGUAAGGCUUCGAACUCACUACAAGUUAUUAGUAAGAUAUGCAGAAUUACAGCUCACUGUGCCGGGAACAUAACUGGUAACGGACAUUUUACUUUGUGUUGUUGUCAAUUCAUGUCAGCAAGACCAAUUAUGUCCAGAUUAACCGGGUGCAACAGUGUAAGUGUGAUUCUGGGUGUCGUAAAAACCUUGCUUUUUGUGUUUGUGAACUUUUUUAACUUUCCUUUUCUAGCAAUUACCUUUAAAAGAGGUUAGAAACUGUCGUUCUCUAUACUCUCUUGGUUGUAGUUCCCAGUUCCAAAGUCAACACAGCUUACCUGUGUGUGUGGAGCACCAGAUACGUGUGAUGGCAGGAUGGAAGACAAAACUCUUCCGUCACACAAAUCUCGCCCUCCACGCCUGCCUUGCCCGCCUGAAAACGUAAAAAAAAUAAAUAAUGAAAUGAUACGUCUGUACAUGCACUGCAAAAACUCAUUAAUAAUUCAUAAAGAAAAACAAAAGAUUGUUUAAUGAAUGUCUUUAUAUUUAAUAAAGACACGACUAAAGUUAACGUCCACUUUUUAGGCCAAAAUAAACCCAGAAAACUCGCAGUCGUAUAUUAUCAGGUGUAAAAACUCUCAGCUUUGCCUCAAGUUUUUGAAUUACCUGAUAAAACACUCCUGCGAGUUUUUGGGAGCUCCAUUUUUAACAUCACGACUGUUCAAUUACCAGAAUUUAAUACCAUCAACUGACGAUACACAACGCAUUUUAACAUUGAUGACUAUCGCACAGGUUUUUGAAACGUCAGUAAAUGUCAACAACAGUCCUGCGAUCAAGCUACUCAAUGACUUAUAAAAUUUGUUUCCUUAUUUUUUCUGUAGGUGCUACUGUAGCAGUAGUUUAUCAAACAGCACAUUUCACUAUGCCACGAUAUGCGUCUUUCCUUUGGGGUGCUGGACAAGCUUUCAUAGGAUUUCUUGUGUCGUACACACGAGUGCUAGCAACAUUGUGAUCUUUCGAGAUCUUGUCAAUUGAUCGAAAUUCAGAAACUUACUUUUCCAGUCGUCUUGUCAAAGUCAUCCUACAUGACAGUGUACAGCUUAACUUCAGUCUGUGUGGCUUCAGAAGGUGAUGACUUAGAUUGCUGUUGGAUGUCAUGACUGACAACCCAAUGUUUUUUCUCCUGCAGUAAGAAAGGAUGAGUUAGACAUUUGUCCAAACAAUUUAAGCUCAAUGGUAGUGACAAAAACAGUAUGUCGCCUUUGUAAACUACAUUUAAAUCUAUCACAGUUCAUUUUGCAACUUAUUAAAUUUUUUUUUUAAUAAUGAUAAUCAAUAAUCAUUCUAUUGGCUAUGUGGCUUAUAUUUAAUAGUUUCCUUUAUCAUGAUGUUUUUUCUUAAAAUUUUUUUUGUUAAUAACAAAACAACACUCACUUUUUUGGGAUACGAACUUUAUUCAAUAAACGUUAAAUUACUAUUGUUAUAUAUAGUACUGUCGGUUCCAAAUAAUAGCUACGAGGUGUCCAACUCACGCGACC